CCGGCACCGGAACCGGCGCCGGAAGCGGAACCGGCGCCGGAAGCGGCUCGCGGCGCCGCGGCCCCGCCAUGGAGGCGAGCGCGGCGAAGCGGAAGGAGCCGCGCAAGGCGCUGCGGGUUAAAGUCAUCUCCAUGGGCAACGCCGAGGUGGGCAAGAGCUGCAUCAUCAAGCGCUACUGCGAGAAGAGGUUCGUGCCCAAGUACCUGGCGACCAUCGGCAUCGACUACGGCGUCACCAAGGUGCAGAUCCGGGACCGGGAGAUCAAGGUGAACAUCUUCGACAUGGCCGGACACCCCUUCUUCUACGAGGUGCGGAACGAGUUCUACCGGGACACGCAGGGGGUGCUGCUGGUCUACGACGUCGGCUCCAAGGAAUCCUUCGAGGCGCUGGAGGCGUGGCUGGCCGAGAUGCGCCGCGAGCUGGGGCCCCACGGCGCCGGCCUCGACAGCGUCGUCGUCGCCGUCUGCGCCAACAAGGUGGACGCGGGGAAGCUGCGCGUGGUGGACGAGAGCGAGGGCCGGCUCUGGGCCGAGAGCCGCGGCUUCCUCUACUGGGAGACCUCGGCCCAGAGCGGGGAGGGCAUCCAGGAGAUGUUCCAGGUGGGAACUCCCAGAAUUCCGGCCGCAAUCCCCGGUGGGAAUGUGGGAGAUGAGAUGUUCCAGGUGGGAACUCCCGGAAUUCCGGGCCAGAAUCCCGGUGGGGAAUGUGGGAGAUGUUCCAGGUGGGAAUUCCAGGAGAUGUUCCAGGUGGGAAUUCCUGGAAUUCAGGGUGGGAUUUCCAGGUGGGAAUCCUGGUGGGAAUUCCAGGAGAUGUUCCAGGUACGAACUCCCGGAAUUCCGGGCCGGAAUCCCCGGUGGGAAUGUGGGAGAUGAUCCAGGUGGGAAUUCAGGUAAUUCCAGGCCAGAAUUCCAGGUGGGAAUUCCUGGUGGGAAUAAAUUCCGGGAGAUGUUCCAGGUGGGAAUUCCCGGAAUUCCGGGCCAG